GCGGCUAUAUAAAGCAGCGGCUCUGCUCCCUCCCACACCACAGCAAAGCGAGCAGUUGCGAGACACGGGCCUCUCCUCUCCACUCCGGCUCUAUCUCCAUACCAACGAUCUCUCGACAGCCGCGAGGCGUUUGAGCUUUCCUUUCCAAUCCAAGCUUGGAGCACCGCGCGGGCACGAGAGUUCAGGCAUGGCGAAGCAAAAGAUCGUGAUCAAGGUGCAGAUGGCGAGCGACCGGUGCCGGUCCCGGGCGAUGGCGCUGGUGGCGGCCACGGGCGGGGUGGACUCCGUGGCGCUCGCCGGCGACGGCAAGGACCAGGUCGUCGUGGUGGGCGAGGGCGUCGACUCCAUCAAGCUCACCACCGCGCUGCGCAAGAAGUUGGGCGGCGCGGAGCUGCUGCAGGUCGGCGAGGACAAGAAGGAGGAGAAGAAGCCGGCGCCGGCCCCCGCCCCCGCCGCGGUGGCUGCGGCGGCCGAGUACUACUCCCAGUUGUACUACCACCACUACCCGCCGCCGCACCUGGCCGGCGCCGUCCACGACCACCGCGCCGUCGGGUACGGGGGCUACUCGCGGGCGGACACCUGCUCCAUAAUGUAAACAGAGGGGUUUGGAUUGCCGUUCAAAGUGUGUGUUGUAGUUCAGGAUGCAAGUUUCAUUGGGUCAACCCAACUACCCAUUAUCCAAUUUACCAAAAAAUAGUGUAAUUACCUUAUAGAGUCAACCCACUAAAUUUUGGUGCUAGUUUGGGUUUACCCUGUGGGUAAUUGGGUAACCCAAAAUUUAUCGAAUCUUUUGUUGAGGGUCCACGUUUC